UUUUAUUUAUUAUCGAUAAUCUAUCUCUCUCCUCUCUAACUCUUCGCGCCAACGUAUCUCUCUGCUCCCUGUGUCUCUCUAUCGCACUCGCUCAGUUCGCCGACGCAGCGUCGGUGACGCUCCCCGGCCCCCAUCCGGCCUCCGCCUCAGCGCCCUACUCCACCUCCUUAAAGGCUUAAUUAAACAGCCCGCCGCCCUGCUCCGUGCCCUUCCAGCUCUAGGCCCCCCCUGCGCCGCGCCUCUCGCUCUCGGUCCGCCGCCCUUCUACGCGACGCAUUUCCUACCUCAGCCCAGGCGCUUCAGAAUCUCUGCUAUUAGCCUAUUAAGGUAAGAGAUUAAAAGUAUAAAACGGAAUUUGGAAGAACGGGUCGUUACACCCAUCAACUGCCUAGGGAUGGCUAUCGAAUGCCUUGUGCUUGGCGCGGGGCAAGAGGUGGGGAAGAGCUGUGUGGUUGUGACAAUAAAUGGCAAGAGAAUAAUGUUUGAUUGUGGGAUGCACAUGGGCUACACAGAUCAUCGGCGAUACCCAGAGUUUUCUUUGAUUUCAGAUUCUGGCGACUUUACCAGUGCACUCUCUUGUGUGAUCAUCACACACUUCCACUUGGACCACAUUGGAGCCCUUCCGUAUUUUACUCAAGUUUGUGGCUACAAUGGCCCCAUUUACAUGACGUAUCCAACGAAGGCCUUAGCUCCACUGAUGCUCGAGGAUUAUCGAAAAGUGAUGGUUGAUAGAAGAGGAGAGGAAGAGCAAUUUAGUUGUGAACAUAUUGCAGAAUGUAUGAAAAAAGUGACUGCAGUGGAUCUAAAACAGACUGUUCACGUUGAUAAAGACCUCCAGAUUCGAGCCUACUAUGCAGGGCAUGUUCUUGGGGCUGCAAUGUUUUAUGCCAAAGUGGGUGAUGCUGCUUUAGUGUAUACAGGUGACUAUAACAUGGUGCCUGAUAGACAUCUUGGAGCAGCUCAAAUUGACCGACUGCAGCUAGACCUUGUUAUAACCGAGUCAACUUAUGCAACAACAUACCGUGAUUCAAAAUAUGUUCGAGAGAGGGAAUUUCUAAAAGCAGUUCACAAAUGUGUUGCUAGUGGAGGAAAGGUUCUAAUUCCUACAUUUGCUCUUGGGAGGGCUCAGGAACUGUGUAUGUUAUUAGAUGAUUAUUGGGAGAGGACAAAUCUUAAGGUGCCAAUAUACUUCUCUGCAGGUUUGACCAUACAAGCAAAUCUGUAUUAUAAGAUCCUCAUCAGUUGGACCAGCCAAAAGGUCAAGGAUACUCAUGCUAGACACAAUGCAUUUGACUUCAAAAACGUCAUCAGUUUUGAUCGUUCCUUGAUAAAUGCUCCGGGACCUUGUGUCCUUUUUGCUACACCUGGAAUGAUUAGUGGGGGCUUCUCUCUUGAAGUUUUCAAGCAGUGGGCUCCAUACGAAGAGAAUCUUGUCACGCUGCCAGGAUAUUGUUUGGCUGGAACUAUAGGACACAAGUUGAUGUCAGCCAAGAUACCGACACAAAUUAAGCUUGAUGAGGAUGUCAAAAUCGAUGUGCGAUGCCAGAUUCAUCAAUUAUCUUUUAGUCCACAUACCGAUGCCAAGGGAAUCAUGGACCUUAUUAAGUUUCUCUCGCCUAAGCAUGUGAUCCUUGUACAUGGAGAAAAGCCUAAGAUGGGUGCACUUAGAGAAAAAAUCCAGUCUGAAUUGGCAAUUGAAUGUUGUUAUCCGGCAAAUAAUGAAACUGUGCUCAUUCCUUCAACACAUCACAUAGAAGCUGGUGCGUCUGAUGCAUUUCUGCAGAGUUGCCUGGUCCCCCAAUUUCAAAUUUUUGAAAACCAAUGUUGGGUUUAUGAUGACCGAGUGGCUCAAGGGAUAUUAACCCUGCAGAAUCCUAGAGUUUUUAGUCAAAAUGAAUUGAGGGACGUGUUAGGAGUAGAAAAUCAUCAAGUGAAGUUUGCUCAUUGUUGUUCGGCAGCAUAUGAUUCAGAUUGGUCGCCUUCAAUAUCUCAAAAAAACUCUUUGCUGCAGCUAUUAUUUGGAAUAGUUUCCCGAGAUUUUCCUGAUUGUAUUAUGCUUGAUUCCCAAAAGAGCAUUCAAGUUGGGUCGUUUGUUGUGUCUCUGUGCUCAAGGGAAGAAUGUCCCAGCAGCAACGAGGAUGCACUACAUUUUUGCUGCACCUGGUCCGCGACUGACGAGGAGCUUGCUUGGACAGUUAUUUCACUAGUAAAGAAUGUCAAGUUGAGCAGGGACUUCACUUGAUUCUUUCUACACUUUGGUGGAUUUCUAGUGUAAACAUUAUUCAAAGCUGCUCCUAUGUUCGUGAUACAAUGACAAAAAAGAAAAAAUAGAUGUAACCUUUUACUUCAAAGAUUGUUCUACUUCCACCAGUUUAAAGCUAUUCCAAUCAGUCUAUUUUGCACAUUA